GUCACAGACGCAGAGGAGAGGCGGGCGGAGGCAUGGACAGCCCUGCGCGGCUCUGCUCUCCUUUCACACAAACGUUAUCAAAGCGAGCGGAUACCGACUGACCUGCUGAAGACAUGAAGCUCAGCCCGGUUCUCCUGUAAGAAGAAGAGGAGCAGCAGGAGCAGGAGGAGCAGCAGGAGGAGCAGCAGGAGGCCUUUACAGUUUACUGGACUGAUGGCUCCAGAGUGACAUGCCAUGGCUUUGAUGAUCCCCCCGGUGAAGCUCAAAUGGCUGGAGCACCUCAACAGCUCAUGGAUCACGGAGGACAGCGAGUCGAUAGCCACGCGGGAGGGAGUGUCGGUGCUCUACUCGAAGCUGCUGGCCAACAAAGAGGCGGUGCUGCUGCCCCAGCAGGUGCUGUGUCUGAAGGGCCCUCAGCUCCCGGACUUUGAGCGCGAGUCCCUCUCCAGCGAUGAGCAGGAGCACUACCUGGACGCGCUCCUCAGCAGCCAGCUGGCUUUGGCCAAGAUGGUCUGCUCCGACUCUCCGUUCGCCGCCGCGCUGCGCAAACGUGUGCUGGUGCUCCAGCGCAUCUUCUACGCACUUUCCAACAAGUACCACGACAAGGGAAAGGUCAAGCAGCAGCAGCACUCCCCAGAGAACAACUCGGGCUCGGCCGACCUGCACUCUGUCAGCGAGCGGCCGCGCUCCAGCACCGACGCCCUCAUCGAGAUGGGCGUUCGUACGGGCCUCAGCCUUCUGUUCGCUCUGCUGCGGCAGAGCUGGAUGAUGCCUCCUCCACCCGGCCCUGGCGGAGGUCCCGGAGGAAACAUAAACUUGUGUAACGAUGUCAUUCACACAGCCAUCGAUGUGGUCAGCUCCCUGCCGCCGCUCUCUCUCGCCAACGAGAGCAAGAUCCCGCCGAUGGGCCUGGACUGCCUGUCCCAGGUCACCACCUUCCUGAAGGGGGUGACCAUGCCAAACUCCGGGGCGGAUAUUUUAGGGCGGCGGCUGGCCUCGGAGCUGCUGCUGGGGCUGGCCUCUCAGAGGGGCUCGCUGCGCUACCUGCUGGAGUGGAUCGAGAUGGCGUUGGCUGCAUCAGCCGUGGUCAGCGCCAUGGAGGACAACAAGGUGCUACAGAACCAGGAAGGGCUCAUCGGAUAUGACUGUUUCAUGAACAUCCUCAUGCAGAUGAGACGCUCUUUGGGCUCGUCAGCAGAUCGCAGCCAGUGGAGAGAACCAACACGGACCUCUGACGGCCUGUGCUCGUUGUAUGAGGCGGCACUUUGUCUUUUUGAAGAAGUAUGUCGAAUGGCAUCCGACUACUCUCGCACCUGCGUCAGCCCAGACAGCAUCCAGACCGGCGAGGCCCCCGUGGUGUCCGAGAGCUGUGAGGUUUACGUGUGGGGCAGCAACAGCAGCCACCAGCUCGUGGAGGGAACGCAGGAGAAGAUCCUGCAGCCCAAGCUGGCCGCCAGCUUCGCCGAUGCACAGACAAUUGAGGCGGGUCAGUACUGCACUUUCGUCAUCUCUUCUGAUGGCUCCGUUCGGGCGUGCGGGAAGGGCAGCUACGGCCGCCUGGGCCUCGGGGACUCGAACAACCAAUCAACGCUCAAGAAGCUGACCUUUGAGCCGCACCGUGCCAUCAAGAAGGUGUCGUCAUCCAAAGGCUCAGAUGGCCACACGCUGGCCUUCACCACGGAGGGCGAGGUGUUCAGCUGGGGGGACGGAGACUACGGCAAGCUGGGUCACGGGAACAGCUCGACGCAGAAGUACCCCAAACUGAUCCAGGGGCCGCUGCAGGGGAAGGUGGUGGUGUGUGUGUCUGCUGGCUACAGACACAGCGCUGCAGUCAGUGAGGACGGAGAGCUGUACACAUGGGGCGAAGGAGAUUUUGGAAGAUUAGGUCACGGAGACAGCAACAGCCGAAACAUUCCUACUCUGGUCAAAGACAUCAGCAACGUGGGAGAAGUGUCGUGUGGCAGCUCCCAUACUAUUGCACUGUCGAAGGAUGGACGCACGGUGUGGUCCUUCGGAGGAGGAGACAACGGAAAACUAGGUCAUGGUGAUACUAAUCGAGUCUACAAGCCAAAAGUGGUGGAGGCCCUGCAGGGGAUGUUCAUCAGGAAAGUUUGUGCGGGAAGCCAGUCGUCUCUCGCCUUAACCUCUACAGGGCAGGUGUAUGCGUGGGGCUGUGGUGCCUGCCUGGGAUGUGGCUCCUCUGAGGCCACAGCCCUCAGACCCAAACUCAUCGAGGAGCUGGCUACCACCAGGGUGGUGGACAUCUCCAUCGGGGACAGUCACUGCCUGGCCCUGUCACAUGACAACGAAGUGUACGCAUGGGGCAACAACUCCAUGGGUCAGUGCGGUCAGGGGAACUCCACAGGCCCGAUCACGAAGCCCAAGAAGGUCGUCGGCUUGGACGGAGUCGCUAUUCAGCAGAUCUCAGCCGGCACGUCCCACAGCCUGGCGUGGACGGCUCUGCCCAGAGACAGGCAAGUGGUGGCCUGGCACCGGCCCUACUGUGUCGACCUCGAGGAAAGCACCUUCUCCCACUUACGCUCCUUCCUCGAGCGCUACUGCGAUGGCAUCAACAGUGAAGUUCCUCCUCUCCCGUUCCCCUCGUCCAGGGAGCAUCAUAACUUCCUCAAGCUGUGCCUUCGGCUCUUGUCCAAUCAUCUGGCUCUGGCUCUGGCCGGGGGCGUGGCCACCAGUAUCUUAGGUCGGCAGGCCAGACCGCUGAGGAACCUGCUCUUCAGACUGAUGGACUCCUCGGUGCCGGACGAGAUUCAGGAGGCGGUGAUUGACACUCUGUCCGUGGGGGCGACCAUGCUGCUGCCUCCGCUGAGAGAGCGGAUGGAGCUCCUUCACUCGUUGCUGCCUCAGGGCCCAGACAGAUGGGAGAGUCUCUCCAAAGGACAGAGGAUGCAGCUGGACAUCAUCCUGACCAGUCUGCAGGACCACACCCACGUGGCCUCGCUCCUCGGUUACAGCUCUCCCGCCGACGGCCCCGAGGUCCUCUCCUCUGGCCCGGGCUUCACGGCGUCUCCCGACCCUACGUACAGCGCCACGGCGGGCCACCCCGACACCCACCUGGCUGAGAUCCUGAUGAAGACGCUGCUCAGGAACCUGGGCUUUUACACUGAUCAAGCAUUCGGUGAGCUGGAGAAGAACAGCGAUAAGUUGCAGCAGGGGACGUCGUCCUCCGACAGCAGCCAGCCGGCUCACCUGCACCAGCUGCUGUGCUCCCUGCAGAAGCAGCUGUUAGCUUACUGCCACAUCAACUCUGUCACUGAGAACUCCAGCAGCGUGGCGUUACUCCACAAGCAUCUGCAGCUCCUGCUGCCUCACGCCACAGACAUUUUCUCCCGCUCUGCGGCUCUGAUAAAAGAGAGUUCGUGGAACGGAAACAUACGAGAGAAGCUGCAAGAUGUGAUCUACGUGUCAGCGGCAGGCAGCAUGCUGUGCCAGAUAAUCAACUCGCUGCUGCUGCUCCCGGUGUCGGUGGCGAGGCCUCUGCUGAGCCACCUGCUAGACCUGCUGCCUCCUCUGGACCGCCUCAACAGGCUGCUGCCCGCCGCCGCCCCGCUGGAGGACCAGGAGCUGCAGUGGCCUCUCCAUGGUACCUCUGACUUUGCUGAGCCGGCCUCGGGGAUGUCCCUGCCGCAGCCGGCGCUCUCCUGGGUGUGGCUGGUGGAUCUGGAGAGGACAGUGGCCCUGCUGGUGGGCCGCUGCCUCGGGGGGAUGCUGCAGGGAGCGCCGACCUCGCUGGAGGAAAUGGACACGGCUUACUGGCUCAAAACGCCGCUCUUCAGCAACGGCCUGGAAAUGGACAUCCCACAGCUCGACACCUGCAUCAGCUCAUUACUGGAGGCAGCGCUGUCGGGGAAUGAAGAGCAGAAGCCUUUUGACUGCACGCUGCGUCCUGACUUGAGUGUCCUGGUGGAUUUGGCUCUGUGUUCCUCUAAAGAACCUGCAAACAGCCUCUGGAUCAACAUGCAGGACUACGCCAUCAGCAAAGACUGGGACAAUGCGUCUCUCAGUAAUGAGUCCCUGUUGGACACAGUGUCCAGGUUUGUGCUGGCAGCGUUACUGAAGCACACGGGGCUGCUGGGCCAGGCCUGCGGAGAGGGCAGAUACCAACCGUCGAAGUCGCUCGCAGAGGUCUAUCGCAGUGUUUACAAGGUACGAAACCGGCUGCUGGCCUGUAAGAACAUGGACUUCAUCCAGACCAGAUCUUCUUCCCGUGAAAGGAGGAUUUCAGACAAUCAGGACUCUCUGGACAUGGACCCUCAGGAACACUCGUUCACGCGCACCAUCGACGAGGAGGCGGAGCUGGAGGAGAGAGCCGACCGCGAGAGAGAGGAGGGCCACCAGGAGCAAGACGACGAAGAGGAGGACCGCGAACACGAAGUGAUGACGGCUGGAAAAAUCUUUCAAUGUUUCCUCUCAGCGCGGGAGGUCGCUCGCAGUCGGGACAGAGAGCGGGCCAGCAGCAGCACAGGACUGGGCUCCGGCUCCGUUUCCAGGAGUGGAGGAGGAGGAGGAGGAGGAGGAGGAGGAGGAGAGGAGGACACCGUCCUGUCUCAGGAGGGGAGGAGGGGCAGCACUGGUCUCCCCGAGGGUCAGGACCUGUACACGGCGGCCUGUAACUCUGUGAUCCACCGCUGCGCCCUGCUGCUGCUCGGCGUCAGCCCCGUGCUGGGCGAGCUGAGCAAGCAGAACCAGGAGGAAGGUCAGACGCAGUCGGCCGCGGGGACGCAGGAGUGUCUGAGCUUCAUGACCAGGAGUGAGAGUCUGAGUGCAGAGAGCCGCUCGGUGCAGAGCAGCCCCAGUUACAGACUGAUGAAGUCCAGGAGCGAGUCUGACCUCUCCCAGCCCGAGUCAGACGAGGAGGGAUACACUCUGAGUGGACGGAGAAACGUGGACCUGGACUUGGCGUUCUCCCACAAAAAGCGAGGCUUCCUCCACAGCUCUCCAGACUCCCUGGCUGAGUCCUGGUUCAGGGCCAAACUCAGCCGCCAGCGCAGCUACAGCUCGGCGCACUCGUACGAGGAGUCCGACCUGGACCUGAGCCGCUCGCUGGGAAUCCACGCUCUCAUUGACAACAUGGUCAGCUUCAUCAGCGGCGACGUGGGUCUGGCUCCGGCCUUCAAGGAGCCGGAGGAGAGCAUGUCCACCAGCCCACAGGCGACCAUCCUGGCCAUGGAGCAGCAGCAGAGCCGGGCCGAGCUGCGGUUGGAGGCGCUCCAUCAGAUCGUGGUGUUGAUCUCGGGCAUGGAGGAGAAGGGCAGCCAGCCCGGCGGCGCAGAUCGAUCCAGCGGUGCCUUCCAGUCCUCCUCGCUGCUCACCUCCGUCAGGCUGCAGUUCCUGGCAGGUUGCUUUGGCCUCGGCACCGUCGGCACCGGCGGGCUGAAGAGAGAGAGCGUGCAGCUGCAUCACUAUCAGGAUGGUGUCAAAGCAGCAAAGAGGAGCCUUCAGAUGGAAAUCCAGACAGCUGUUCAUAAGAUCUACCAGCAGCUGUCUGUCACACUGGAGAGGGCGCUGCAGGCAAACAAGCACCACAUCGAAGCCCAGCAGCGCCUCCUGCUGGUGACUGUGUUUGCACUGAGUGUUCGCUACCAGCCCGUGGACGUCUCUCUUGCCAUCUCCAGCGGGCUGCUCAACGUGCUGUCUCAGCUCUGCGGGACGGAGACGAUGCUGGGACAGCCGCUCCAGCUGCUGCAGAAACCCGGAGUGUCUCAGCUCAGCACCGCCCUCAAGGUGGCGUCCACCCGCCUGCUGCAGAUCCUCGCCAUCAGCACCGGGACGUACGCAGACAAGCUGAGUCCAAAGGUCGUCCAGUCGCUGCUGGACCUGCUCUGCAGUCAGCUGAAGAACCUGCUGUCUCAGGCUGGAGUCAGCCUCCUGUCCUCUGAAAAAGACCAAGAAGACAGCAAGCACGAGGACGGCGCAGACUCGGAGAAAAAAGACUUCAGAGCGCUGAUCCGUAAGCAGCACACCGCCGAGCUUCACCUCGGAGACUUCCUCGUCUUCCUCAGGAGAGUCGUGUCCUCUAAGGCCAUCCAGUCCAAGAUGGCGUCCCCGAAAUGGACCGAAGUUCUGCUCAACAUCGCGGCGCAGAAAUGCUGCUCAGGUACAACCAGCUCAUUUGACUCAACACAGAGAAAUAUACCGAAUAAAGAACAAUACUGA